AUGCUGCCUACGGGCUGCGGCCGGCGGUCGGCUGCGGCGCUGUUGGCGGCAUUGGGCGAGGGUGCGGGCCGGCGGCGGGAGCUGGAGCGGCGGGCGGCGCGGAGCUCUGCUCUCCUGCGGCGCUGGGGCAGUGAGGAAGAGGAGCAGGCGCCGCCAGAAGCCGGCUCCAGCAAUGGACGAGACAACAAGCCUUCACCCAAGGAGCUGGAGGAGCUGGAACUGCUGAACAGAGCCUUAGAGAAGGUGCUGAAAGUCAGGAAAAGCAUCUUGAAAACUCCAUUAGAGGCCCAGGGAGCUACAGGAGAGAAAUCUGCAGGUGAGGAACCUGCUCUCAAGAAUGCUGAAGAGCAGCAAGUGCCUGUACCUGUUGAGGAUGUUCCUGUGAGCACAAAGGUGAGAUCUGUAAGCAAAAAGCCUGCCUCUUUGAAAAAGCCCUCUCCAUACCAGCUAAAAGCCCCUUAUAGGACUGACCCAGAGGUGAAAAAACUGCAAAACAAAGCCUCAUCCAGAUGUGUUUCUCGAAGUCCCAGGACAGCUGGGAAGAGCUCCUCAAAAGGGGUAGUUUACAAACAAGGAAGGAGUCCUAGGAGACCAGUGAGUGCCGGUGCCAGAGAGGUCUGUGCUCCAUCUGAACCCCAAAAGGCACCUCGCUCAUCCAGAUCUGCCCUGAAUGAGCAGCAAAGGUUUUCUAUAGGGGAUUCAGCUGGGGAAAAGAACUCUGUAGCUAUUGGCAGGCAGUCACUUGAUCCAGGGAAGAAAAGUUGUGGUUUCCUGGGAGAGUCCAGCAAAAAGGAGAACCCUGCAGCUGAAGGAGCACUGGGAAGGAGCACCUCACCUUGCGGAGUCACCCUGCAGGAAAAGGGGUGCCAGCUGAAGCUGCCCCUUCCCUACAGGAAAGCCUAUUUCAGGAACUUUAGGGCAUGGGAGAGAUGUCAUCUCUGCCAAACAAGUGCAGAUGCAGCAGCUGCCAGGACCCAUUUUGUAGAGAGGAUCCAGACAACAUUCUGUUCACCAAGGCCAGCCUUCAGUCCUGCAGAGAUGGAGGAGGAGUUAAAGGUCCUCCAGGAUGUCCCCUGCUUUCUGAGCCAGUAUGUGGAAGCUGAGCUUGCAGACCAACCCACCCUGCAAAGAGAGUAUGAAAGCCUUUUGACCUUGGAGGGUUUGCAAACCACAGUUUCCCAGUGCCUGCAUAAGCUGCAGCUCCUGCGAGCAGCUGUGGAGUCGCAGAGGAAGAUGCACCCAGACUGCACUGGGAACAUGGGAAGCUGCUCUCCAGCCUGUAUUCCUUCCAGGGGACAGAUGUAUGACAGUGCAGGCAUGCUGGCUGUGCCUCUCCUUUGUUACUCCAGUUUCCAGGAGCUGAGGGACCUGUUUGCCUUGAAGCUGCAGGUGUCAAUACUGCACCAAGAAAUUGCCUUACAAAAGGUCAUGAUGGCAGAACUCCUGCCUGUCCUGGAGGCCAAGCCCUGGCCAGAGGCCUCUGCAGCGCAGCUCUAUCGGGCCAUGUACACGCAGCUCUGUGAAGGGGGCAACAGAUUUCCUGUGCUGGUGAGGGAUGAACUGGCAGACUGAGCCCAUGGGAAACUCCUCCUGGCCAUUGACGUAACCACAAUUUUUAAGCAAUAAAUGUUUUCUUUUCUGUUAACUUUUUUUAUUCUGCCUGUUUGUCCAGCUCAUUUUCAGGGGCUUGUUUUUCUUUUGUGGGUUUGUUGGGUUUGGUUUUUGGUUGGUUGGUUGUUUUUUCCUUUUAUAUCACUUUUAUGACCUGCUAACUCUGAGGUUUUGUAAUGCCCCUUCAGAGAUUGAGACAUUCAUUGUUACUUUUCUUCCAAGGUCUGUCUCUGUUUCUAGCUGUAGAUUCCUGGCUGCCUCAGUCAGGACACCAGGCCUCUAUACGCAGACAGCAUAGCAGGCAGUAAAACAUGCUUUGUAUGGAUCAGAUAGCCAGUCUGGUGGGGAGCAGCCUUCCUGCAUCUAAAAAUCCAGAGAACCUGUGCUGCUGCUUCCCUAUUACUCCGAUCACCAGCUGGCAUAUAACCAGCAUUAUAGCAGUCAUUGUCUAAUAUUUCAGAG